AGUUUUUUUUUUGUUUGUGCCUCCCAGUUCUACGUAGGGAAAGUAAGUAGUCAUUGGGCUCAGUUGUACUUGUUGCUUACUCAUUUAUGUUGGAAGAACAUGCUGGGAAUUGAACAUGACCGACCGCAGCUCCUGCACCAAACACAGAUGAAGUAAAAAAAAUGCCUGUUGAAUAAAAGUUUAAAAGAUCUUCGGGCAGAUCCGCCAGAAGCUGCAUCAUGCUGGCGGAGGAGGAUUUCAAGCACGGCACACUCGCCGACGUGCACGGCCAAGCGCGGAGCCCGACCCGGCGCAAUGCCUUCCUGGCCCAGGAGAAUGCCGUCUACAAAGAGGAAGUUAUGUUCACGUGGAACGUGUAAUCAAUGGAAAAUCCUUAUCCUUUCCGCUCUGCAGCGUUUUCUCUGUGUUAGGGAAGCCGUUGAAAAUGCAUUUUUUUCUAUGUGCUAUCUGUCUCUGUUAAAGAUAAAGUGUGGUAUAUGCUCAGCGCUCACGUUGGCGCAGUUGCCAAUCUCUUUGAUGAUGGUCACGCACGUGCCAGUCUUUUGAUAGGGCAGGAUAGUCACGAUACAGAGACAACAAAUACAAAUGGAAAAACCCGGGCUUCCCUGCGCAGGAAUUUCAUUGUGAUAGCGGGUACCGACGAUUGAACGAUUGCGUGCAGCACCGACGAGAUUUCACACUGCACGGAUGCGUAUCGGAAAGAAAAAUUGCGUAGGUGUUAAAUGGAAAUGAGAUGUGAAAUCCGAAUCCGUGCAAGCAUAGCCGGAACUGCGAUGCGGCCCUGUUGUCUCUUUGCAGGUUUUCUGAAGAUUGGAGGCAUGCACAGCUCCUGCAGAUUAAUAUUCACUUUGGGUAUGAGAAGAUUCAUAAAGGCAGAUUCUUCUGAGCCACCCCGCUUGGUUUUUUUUUCGACACUGCUUGCAACUCAUACAAAACAUCUUCAAAACCGUGCGCCAUGGGUAAGCUAGCAUGUCUGUUGGUGUACUGUUAUUGAUUUGCAUCUUUUUUCCUGCUCGAAAAUCAAAAGUUGUAAGAUUAGCACUAUGUUCUAGUUUUGGGGCGUGAGCCUGAUCGUCCAUCUCACAGUACCGCACAGAAAAUUUGAUUUUCGACACGAUUUUCGAGCCCUCUGGUUCUUCUGAACGAGUCACCGUGGCUGCUGUUUUGCACCCCCUCUCUGAGCGGCCAAAUUGUGAAAUACUUGUACUCUACUCAGGUGUACGCCGGGGCAGCGAGAAAGGUUGGGGGUGCUUUUCGGCGUUGCAGUGUACCAUCCGGUGGAAAGGCAGGUUCGCGCGAUGGAGGAGUUUUUGACUGUGUCCUAUGUGGGGAUUCUACGCAUUGCGAAUAUGUCUAGGUCUGGGAGCAGAUGCGAAUUUGUCGUGCGCACUCGGAUGAGGCCAAAAUCUGGUGAUGCAUGAAAAAACGGACCAGUGUCGCAAGGUUUGUCAUGCAAAAGCGCGAUUUGUCAAAAAAUGAAAAAUCUGUCAUGCCCGGCUCGUUUUUAAUGGAGUGGCUAGCGUUGCAAGUUUAAGUUUCCAGACCCGGAUCGAUAUUUGCAUUCUGGAUAGAUUCAGGACGUGAUCAAUUUGUUCUACGAUCCGGUCUCCGAGGAGGAGUGGCUGAUGCGGCCCCCGGAGGAGGAGCCGCGACACGACAUCUACUACUCGCCCCGUGGCAAGCCGCCGUGGAACUUCCGCGAGAAGCUGGACGACAUGGGGCAGUCCCUGCGGAACUUGCCGUCCGUGCCCGAGCCUGCGGCGGGAUCCCCCCGGGGCCGCCGCCCGGACAUGGAAGAGGUGAAGGUGCGGACCGAGGAGCGGAAAAAACUGUUGCUGAAGUGCAUGGAAGAAGUCAAGGCAGCGGAACAGCAGCGCCUGGACCUACCCAAGGCGAACGGGCUCAGUCUGAAGGAGCUCGUCGCCGGGGGUUUGUUGGAGGAAGAGUUUGCCCGCAAGGUGUGCGCCGACAUCCAGAACGUGGGCCUGGAGUCGGGGAAGACCCCUGCGUAUCUCCAGCCGCGGACUAGUCCGCACCGGGGUGGAGCUGGUAGCACAACAAGCACCGCCGCCGCGGAAGCCCAAAAUAGUAACCCGUUUGCAAGCUUUAGCUACGACACAACCGAGAUUACCAUCGGCGAUUUCUUGAAGCGCCUCACCAAGCCGGCGUACCGCAAGUUGCUCGCGGACGAGUUCGAGUUUCUGCUGCACAAGAAGCGCAUCGCCACCGAGUCCAAAGAUGCUCGUCUGGAGGUUGGCAUGAACGAGCAAGUUGAGAAGGAGCUCGGGUUGCGCAGAGACGGUCGGGUUUUUCCGCAAAGUGAUGAGGACCUCGACUUGCUGGAGCCGGAGAGCAGAGGCGCGGCUGCUGCCGAGCGGGCUGCGGACCAGGUGAGCGAGGAGAUAGUUUCCGAAGUGGUCACUACUGACGAAGAGCGAGGAAAAGGACGGGAGACGGGAAGGAAAGCGGACGCUGGUGUCACACGCGAAGCAGACGUAGACGUACAACCCGUUCUCGCGGGUGAAGCCGCACAGCUCGAGAAAAGUGUCGAAGCAGAAAAGAUUGAAGUGCUUCUCGCAGCAAAGCAGGACCUUGUUGCUGAAUCUGCCAGCCCCGCACGAGAAGUCGAAGAUAUUCUCGGCCUUGUCGGUGUUGGGGCGCAGCCGCAAGCGUCGCCUGAGCAGCAUGCAAUGGACGACAUUCUUGCGGGCUUGGAGGGUGCUCUAGGGGAGGACGGCGUUAGCGAUUUGGACGGGGUGGUGUCGGUACAGUCACUGGGCGGCUCGGGCGCAGCUGCGGUAGACGUGAUGGAGGAGCUCCCGUCGAGCGACCAUCCGGAACAAGUAGACCUGGCUUUUGAGUCGUCGUUUAACGUCGUCGCCCAAGGGCUAGAGGAGUUUCUCGAGAAGCAAGAUCCGGUCGAUUAUUCAUCAAAAUCGCUCACGGCUACGUUCGAGUCUGAGCUCCCCGCGUCGGAGCUAGCGUGUUGAAAAGUGCUCCUACAGCUACCCCAGAACUUGGAAGCAUUUGGAUUGCAAGUCUUCUCAAUGCAAAUAUUCCGCAUUUUGCAUGUAUCAGCAUCGCAAACAGUCGACGGUGAAUGAUCGCAAAAAUUUGUAUUGCGAAAGAGCCCAGCAACAGCCCGGCCUGUGAUGUAUAAGACGCAUCACUUGCCUAGAUUCUGCACCAGAAAGACUCGUGGGAGUCCUUUCGUGCAAGGCAAAGAGCAGUUUCUGUUACUGUUUGGCUUUGGAAACUUUGCAUCAGAAACAUUUCCACUUUCCGGGGACGAUGGGGCGCUUUUCAAUGUAAUAGUAGGUUCUCGAGAAGGACCAGUCUUCGUUUACCGUGGCCGCGGCCGCGGGCGGCGAUUCCGCCUCGAGUUGGCAUGCGGGCGACCCUGGUGCGGCCAGCGCCAACGCCCAAAACAGCAACCGGGGUGGUCCCGAGGCCGAUUUGUUCGGUCUGCAGGAGAGCGGCGAGGAGAAUUCGGAGGCAAUGGAACAAGAAGCGGCGACGUUUUCAUCAAAACAAAAGAAUGACACCCACAUCUCCGCGGAAGAAGAAAAAUAUUCGGAGGAGGCCUUUGAGGACGAAGACGAACAACCUGCUGAAGGAGACGACGCAGAAGUAGAUCCGGUCCUCGCGCCGAGCGCUUCGACAUCUUCUCGUCGCCGCGCGACGGCGGCUGGGGCGGUUGAACAAGAAGCAGAGGAUGAAGAAAGAGACGCGGAAAGCAGCGAGGUGGUGGAUCUCUGCGAGGCGGCGUCCAUCGACCGGUCUCUGGUAUCCACUCUGAAUCGGUCCGUCAUUGAGGAGCUGGACGGCGCGGCGCACGAGGUCGAUACGGACGCUGGCGCGGGCGGGCAGAAUACCACCACCUCCAGCUCUUUUGCCAAGGGGUCCACCACUCGAAGCAGCAAGCCGAUGCGCCCGGCGGUCUCGCCGGUCGCGGAGCACGCGCGCUCUCGGUCCGCGUCGCCCACGACCGGGAAGGACGAGUCGGAGAACAAGCCGCAGUUUCUGCGGAAGCCGUGGCUGCCAUCGGGGACGCCGGCGACGGGCGCGGCACUCCUGAUGAGUUUGAAGAUGGAGCCUGAUCAACAUCAUGAGCCCGGAAAUAAUAAAGCCUCGGUUGACGGCGCAGAAGACGAUGGUGAGGUGGCGGAGAAACAGCGAAAGGAGCAGCAGAAGCAGAUACAGACUCAGAUUUUGAAAAAAAAGGCGCACGUGCAGUGGCUGGAGCAGAAGAUGAGCAGCACACAGGUAAUGUACGAGCAGGAGUUGGAGCAGCUGGCGCAGUUGAAAAUCGAGCGCAGCCGCCGACAGCUGCCGAUGAGCAAAACCACGAGUGGGCACUACGCGAGCACCCCGCGUACGCGCAGCCUGCCACCGUUUCUCCUGAAUAAAUUGGGUACCCCGACGACCUCGGCGAAGAAGCCCGUGGACAGCGUGAUCCCCAGCCACAAGCUGAUUCCGGGAGCCCUGAUGGCGGUCAGCGCCGGCAUACACCACACGCAGCACGCCGCCGCGCUGGCCGAGCAGGCGGACCACCAAAGGGUGCACUUGGACACGGCGAGUACCAGCCACCCGACCACCGCGGGGAGCGGCGGCGGGGACCACGGCUCUUCCUCGCAGCACCGGGCGAAUAAACACAAGCGGGGCCACCUGUUCCAGAAGGAUCCGUUCACGGACUUUCUGAACGCGCAGAACAAAAAGAGCCGGAUCUCGGAGCGCGUGUUUCGCAGCCCCGAGAUUAUGGCGGACUGGAUGCACGGCGCACGGGAGGAGGCCCGCCUCACCUACCGGUUAACGCGUUUGAAAACGUCCGACGAAUUGUUCCACGACCACCUAUUUUUUUCCCCCACCGGUCAGAGGGUGAUGAAGGAGCGGCAGCUGAUCAUGGGGGAGAAGACGCCGCCGACGCUCCGGAAAGAGCUGAAGACGCUGCGGAAGCUGCGCAAACUCGUGAAGCGGAGCGGGUGGCAGAUCUGCCACGACGAGAACGUGAUCGGUGCGGGCGAGCUGGGGGAGAAAAGGCUGGAGGAGGUAAAGCAGUCACAGUUUUUCAAGAGCUUCACCGCCCGCGACGAUCUAUGCAUUGCAAAUAUGUCUGCGUCUGGAAGGAUGCAACUUGUGACGCGGCCUUUGGAUUCUACAAAAAUCUGUAUUGCGUGAGCAGCAAGAGGAGUUCAGUUUUUGCCACGCAGAGGGGGCAUUUCUCAUCCGGUAUAGGCAUCAGGAAGCGCUCACAAAAUCUGUGAUGCUGGGGCAUGCAUCACCGGCAUCAUGAAUCAUGCAAAAUGUGCAUGAGAAAUCUCACAGCCUUCCAGACCCAGACAUUUUUGCAUUUGAUACGAUCUGUUGACGGACAAAAUGCUGGAGGAGGCGGAAUUGGUGCGGGACGAGGAUGAAAAGGACCAGGCCGAGCAGCAGAUCGACGCCAAGCGGUUGGCCAAGCUAAAAAAGGGAGCGGCCCACAAGGCACGGGCCAUGCGCUUCCUCCAACAGGGCUCCAUGUUUAUGGGAGCAGUCAAACACGCAAAGCGAGAGGAGAUACAGAUCUAGUAGUAGAACACAAUCAACAAGAAGGUUUGAUAUUAUUAUUUGUCCUGGUCGUGCGCGGUGCGCCGCCAGGGUGAGAGCCAUCGCAGGGGUCUGCUUGUUUGGAGUCGGGCGGUUGCAGCAUCCUCUCGUUAUUUCCAGGAGCUCCAAGUUCUUUUUUUGAUAACGUCUUCACUGAUGCUGGACUUAGAUUUCAAAAUAAUGAUACAGCGUUCUUUCUAUACUCAGUUUUUUGAUUUAAAAAACUUUCUGGUACAAUAGAUAUAGAGCUACAUCGUGUUUUGGCCUCUUCUGGUUGUCAUGGUUUGUUCUUAAUCACGCACUUUCUGUUUCACCAAUCUGCAGAAUAUGGAUCGAUCACAUCUGUUUUCAGGACGUCAGUGAAUUUCCAUACAUUUAUUUUUUUACACACAUUUUUCUCUUCUUGUACAUAGGUUUGAAUUUGCCAUUUGUAAAAGGGUUGGACUGCCCUUAGAUCUCCGAUGUCAUUGUUAUUUUUGCCGGGUGAGCUCAGGAUACAAAAUUCAAAAUGCAUGUCAGCUAAAAAAAAAUAUUCUGGUAGCGGAGUUGAAAA